AUGCUCUUUCUUUGGAAGAGGUGGACAAAGGAAAUGGAUAGCUAUUCAGACUUCAUUGCAAAGAACCUCUCGUCUUCAGCUAAUAUGUCUGUUUCUUUGUCUGGACAAGCUGGACUCAAUACCACUGGCGGUACUCCUUCUAUGUCAAUAAGCAGGCUUUUUCCAGCCCUGUUAGAAUGCUUUGGAAUAAUUCUUUGUGGCUACAUAGCUGGAAGAGUCAACAUUAUCACAUCAACUCAGGCCAGAGGACUGGGAAAUUUUGUGUCCCGUUUUGCACUCCCAGCUCUACUGUUCAAAAACAUGGUGGUACUUAACUUUUCUAAUGUGAAUUGGUCCUUCCUGUACAGUAUUUUAGUUGCCAAAGCUGCUGUGUUUUUCUUAGUCUGUGUUUUAACUUUGUUGGUAGCCAGUCCUGAGAACAGAUUUAGCAAAGCAGGUUUGUUCCCUAUUUUUGCUACACAAAGCAAUGACUUUGCACUGGGAUAUCCGAUAGUUGAAGCUUUGUAUCAAACAACUUACCCAGAAUAUCUCCAGUACAUUUACCUAGUGGCUCCAAUAUCUCUUAUGAUGCUAAACCCUCUUGGGUUUAUCUUCUGUGAAAUCCAGAAGUGGAGGGAUAACCGCACUGUGUCACAGAGCAAAAUCAAAAUAGUGGGUCUAGCACUCCUUCGAGUUUUGCAGAACCCAAUUGUAUUCAUGGUCUUCAUAGGAAUUGCCUCAAACUUUAUUCUUGGCCAGAAAAUUCCCGAAUACCUUGAAAACUUCCUUGAUGGACUUGGCAGUUCGUUUUCUGGCUCCGCGCUUUUUUACCUUGGGCUGACUAUGGUGGGACAAACAAAAAAACUGACAAAGGGUAUGUUUCUUGCACUGAUCCUUCUCAUCACAGCAAAACUACUUAUGAUGCCGUUUCUCUGUAGAGAAAUGGUGGAACUCUUCGACAAGAGCGACAGCGUAGUCAACCACACCAGUUUAUCAAACUAUGCAUUUCUUUAUGGAGUUUUUCCAGCAGCACCUGGUGUCGCAAUAUUUGCAAGUCAAUUUAAUAUGGAAGUAGGAAUUAUUACCUCAGGCAUGGUGAUAAGCACUUUUGUGUCUGCGCCUAUUAUGUAUGUUUCCGCGUGGCUGCUGACCAUUCCCUCUAUGGACCCCAACCCACUGGCAUCUGCACUCCAAAAUGUUAGCUUUGAUAUAAGUAUUGUCAGCCUCGUUUCUCUGAUCUGGUCUCUUAUUGUCGUUGUUCUAAGUAAGAAAUACAAACAGCUUCCUCAUAUGAUUACAACAAAUCUACUUGUUGCUCAGUGUGUUGCUUGCAUUGGAAUGGUGGUAUGGAAUUUCAUUGUUAAAGAGAAAGACAUCACCAUGCAGAUCCUAGUAUUUAUAUUCCUGUACAGCUCGCUUUAUAGCACCUACCUGUGGACAGGUUUUCUAUCUUUCUCUUUGUUUCUGUUGAGGAAGAGAGAAUCAGUAAAGAUUCCCAUUGGGUUUAUUGUCAUAGCUGGAUGGGGAGUACCAACACUUCUGGUGGGAAUCUUGCUAAUUGUUGGUGAACGUAACAGCACUAGUAUUGACUCUGCCUUUUUUUAUGGAAAAUACCAGAUAAUUACUACAGCAGUGAUCCUGUUCAUCAGUAUAUUGAUGUCAGGUGUCUCACUUAUGUGCAUGAACAGAAAUAGGCAAGAGUCAAGCUAUGAGGUAUUGAACCCAUAUUCACCACGUACCCAAGUGGGAGAGGUUGAAGUGGAAGGGAGCGAGGGGAAUCGAGUUUCAGCCACUGUGCUUCAGCCUUCCACGAGUUCUUCUGUACAGCCUUCUCCAGAAUCUUCUGCACAGCCAUCUGAAGAAAGAGGUUGCUGUUCUUGUCAAACAACAAAUGGUGAAUUAUCCUGUGCUAGAGAGAGCAAAGCAGUGUCAAAUGCUAUCGAAAGCAAGGUUCCUCCAAUUGAGACAGCUGAUCAGUGUGCGAGUCAUUGCAGUGCUCAGACCUGCGUAUUGGCUCAGGAAGAACAGCUUCUACAGACCGGAGACAAGCAGCUGGCCAGACAUGUGCUGCUGUGCUUACUUCUUGUUGUUGGCCUGUUCGCUAAUCUUUCCAGUUGUUUGUGGUGGCUGUUCAACCAACAGCCUGGAAGGCUAUAUGUGGAAUUGCAGUUCUUCUGUGCUGUGUUCAAUUUUGGUCAGGGCUUCAUUUGCUUUGGUAUUUUUGGCUUAGAUAAGCAUUUAAUCAUUCUGCCAUUCAAGCGAAGACUUGAAUUUUUCUGGGGAGGAAGAAAAGCAGCAGGGCAUACAGAUCCCUCUGUACCUGAGGAAAUCAGGAUGACCUGUCAACAGUUUGUUCGUUAUCACAGAGAUCACUGUGUCAAAAGUAUUGUCAGAGGCAGAAGGUGUGGUGCAAAGAUCUCCACUGGCAUCUUCUUUGGCUGUGACCUGGUGAACUGGCUCAUGCAAGUUGGCCUUGCCUCUGACCGUGGUGAAGCUGUGAUGUAUGGAGACAGACUGAUGAAAGGAGGCGUCGUCCAGCACAUUACGAAUGAAUUUGAAUUUCGGGAUGAAUAUUUGUAUUACCGCUUUAUUCCUAAGAGAUCAGUUGCAGUUGAGAGCAAUUGA